AUGGUACAAUUGUUCUACUACGAGACGCUGGGUCGACGAUGCGACAAGCUCAUUCAGAUCAAUGGUCGGCAGAUAUCGCUGGAACUCUACGCCUUCGAGAGCGUUCCUUCUACCAGCAUGUGCAAUCGAUGGGAGCUCAGGUUUCCUUGGUUCACCUACCGCUACUGCUCUGUUGUCAAGAUAUGCGGGCCAAAUAAGCGCUUAGUGGCACGGGCGAAGGCUAUGUGCACGAAGCACGACGGUGCGUUGUUCGUCACGGGCAAGUUCAAGGACGACGAGGAGGGGAUGGCUGGCAAGCCGCACUUCUGCAUCUUCCUCACCAGCAAUGUGACCCAGUCUGACUUCCAUGCUGGCUACAUCCUCACAGGCACUCUGCAGCGCGGCGACCGAAGAAAGAAUGACUGGGAGACGACGCACUUUGCCAUGGUUCGACGCAAGGGCUACUGA